UAUUUUUCAGAAGCUGAGCAGAGAGUGAACAGCGUGUUCAUCGCUCGGAGGUAGAGACGCGACUGUAGGGAGCCACGGACAGGCCCUGACAGCGGCUCCGUCCACACUCCUCCAGCCCGGGCAGGGUGCACCGCCCUGAGGCUCAACUCUGCACGGACUCAGCCUCUUCGACCGGAGCCCUUCUCUGUGCUCCACCACCCGGCUUUCCCAGCUCGGUCUGUUCUGCAUGUGUGGCUGCGUGUGCAUGAGCGUAUGAAGGCACAUUUGCAGCAGUGUUUACAGCUGGCACACUCACUCUGGAGUCCGGAGUGAGGACGAUGCCACCUCCUCCCGCAGAGCGUCCUCCCCGACUCUGGAUGGAUUUUUGAAUGGUUUACAAAUCCCCUGGAUUAGGACAUGGAGUGAUUCUCAACUCGGAGCAGCAGUGGAAGUGACACCUGCAGAACCACAGCCACGGGUGAGGGAGACCUCUUUCUGCCUCUGUAGCAGAUCAAGGUUCAGCCCGUUUGUUUUCAGAGGAGCCCAGACUGAGCAGGUUCAGCAUCAGCUGUUAAACACAGACAGGAUGUUCUGCUUUUGAUGGAAGACUGGAUUUUCUUCCUGAGGUUCCCAUUGGAGUCGACUGCGACUGAGAAGUUUCUCCAUCACUUCCCAUCAGUUUUCCAACCCUGAAACUUAUGUCUGAGACUCUGAUGAAAGGAUGCUGCAGAAGCCCAACGAGGGACUGAGUCCUACUUGAACCCCCCUUCCCCCUCCUCUCCCCCGCCCCACCCACUGCACCACCGUCCCAUCAUGAACCUGCUGUGCCGCGGACGCCUGAAGCUGCUGGUGGUGUCUCUGACGGCCGUCGUCCUGCUCACCUGGCUCUACCUGCUGGCUGGAAACCUGGAGAACGGCCGCUCCCUCCUCUUGGCUCCCUGUCUGGCCGACACCCCGGCGUCUCGGGUCCUGGAGCGAGCCGUACUCGAGUCACGCGUUCGAGAGGUGGAGGAGGAGAACCGGCAGAUCCGGUUGCAGCUCAGCCAGUCGCAGGGCACCGCUGCCCAACUGCCGGAGGGUAACUAUGGCAACCAGCAGUGGGGAGCAUCUGCGGACACAGGACCAGAGGACGGGGACAACACAGCAGAGGAGAAGAGCAACCGCACAGAGUGUCCCCGGUCGCCUGCCGUCCAGAAGUGUGAGCUGAUCCACGUAGCGUGCGUCUGUGCCGGUCACAACGCCAGCAGAGACGUGGUCACGCUGGUCAAGUCCGUCCUCUUUCACAGGAGGAAUCCUCUCCACUUUCACUUCAUUACGGACACAGUAGCCAACCAGAUCCUGAGUUCUCUGUUCCAGUCCUGGAUGGUCCCGUCAGUGCAAGUUAGCUUCUAUGAUGCAGAUGAACUCAAGUCCGAGGUCUCGUGGAUCCCCAACAAGCACUACUCAGGUAUUUACGGCUUGAUGAAGCUGACGCUGACCAAAGCUUUGCCCUCUGACCUGUCAAAGGUCAUCGUCCUGGACACGGACAUCACCUUCGCCACUGACAUCGCUGAGCUCUGGGGCAUUUUUAGGAAAUUUACCGAUAAGCAGGUGAUCGGUCUGGUGGAGAACCAGAGUGACUGGUACCUGGGGAACCUGUGGAAAAACCACAAACCCUGGCCCGCGCUGGGACGAGGCUUCAACACAGGCGUCAUUCUUCUCUACUUGGAGCGGCUGCGGAGAAUCAGCUGGGAGCAGAUGUGGCGGCUGACAGCAGAGAGGGAGCUCAUGAGCAUGCUCAGUACAUCGCUGGCUGACCAGGACAUCUUCAAUGCCUUCAUCAAGCAGAACCCGGUCCUGGUGCACCAGCUGCCCUGCUUCUGGAACGUCCAGCUGUCUGACCACACUCGCUCCGAGCAGUGCUACACCGAGGUGUCCGACCUCAAGGUGAUCCACUGGAACUCUCCCAAGAAGCUCCGUGUAAAGAACAAGCACGUGGAGUUCUUCCGGAACCUCUACUUGACCUUCUUGGAGUACGAUGGAAACCUGCUGAGGCGGGAGCUGUUCGGCUGCCCGAGUCAGGCCAGUCCAGAGAGUGUCCAGCUGCAGGCGGCUCUGGAGGAGCUGGACGAGGACGACCAGUGUUACGACUUCCGUCGGGAGCGUCUCACCGUUCACAGAGUGCACCUCUACUUCCUGCAGUACGAGUACACGCCCACUGAGGACGACACCGAUGUCACCCUGGUGGCUCAGCUCUCCAUGGACAGGCUGCAGAUGCUGGAGGCCAUCUGUAAGCACUGGGAAGGCCCCAUUAGCCUGGCACUCUACAUGUCCGACGCCGAGGCUCAGCAGUUCCUGCGCUACGCUCAGGCCUCCGAGGUCCUCAAGAACCGCAAGAACGUCGGCUACCACAUCGUCUACAAGGAAGGCCAGUUCUACCCGGUCAACCUGGUGAGGAACGUGGCUCUGAAAAACGCCAACACACCGUACGUGUUCCUGACCGACGUGGACUUCCUGCCUAUGUACGGCCUCUAUGAUUACCUCAGGAAGUCUGUGGUGCAGCUGGGAAUGGCGCGCACUAAGAAGGCUCUGGUGGUUCCAGCGUUUGAGACGCUUCGUUACCGUCUAUCCUUCCCCAAAUCCAAAGCCGAGCUGCUCUCCAUGCUGGACAUGGGGAGUCUCUACACCUUCAGGUAUCAUGUGUGGCCCAAAGGUCACGCUCCUACCAACUAUGCCAAAUGGCGGACAGCCACCACACCCUAUAAGGUGGAGUGGGAGCCGGACUUUGAACCGUACGUCGUGGUGAGACGAGACUGUCCAGAGUACGACCAGCGCUUUGUGGGCUUUGGCUGGAACAAGGUGUCCCACAUCAUGGAGCUGGAUGCACAGGAGUAUGACCUGAUGGUGCUCCCCAACGCUUUCAUGAUCCACAUGCCCCACGCUCCCAGCUUCGACAUCUCCAAGUUUCGCUCCAGCUCGAGCUACCGCAACUGUCUGAACACCCUGAAGGACGAGUUCCACCAGGACCUGUCCAGGAAGUAUGGAUCUGCUGCUCUCAAGUACCUGACCGCCCAGAGGAACCUCUAAACCCAGAAGUGUAUCAACCCCUGAACUCCAGGAGCUGUAGUGCACAACGCUGCAGCGUGAGCCGUAGCGCCACUGCGCGCCAAUGUGACAAGAAAGCUUUACAGCCCCUUCGAACAUUAUCGGGCUCCUGUGUAUUAACUUUCCAGUCGACUCCACCCGAAGGUGGCUGUGGAUGGCACGCAGAGAUGAAAACUGUAGAGUUCCUGGACGCUGGAUUCCCUGGGCUGGAAAGGACAGCGGAGCGGGUACUGAUGGGACGAGCUUUAAGGCUGAGACACUGCAACCAUUUUCAUACAUUCUGACAAUCAGGGCUUUUUCCAGAAGACAUGAACCGGUGUGUCCUCAUGGAUAUCUGGACAUGAAACUCAAAGACACUAAGCGACGGGACCCGUGUCAGAGUGUAAAGCAGAGGACUACAUGUUGAGGCCAGUCGAACUGGAGAAGAAUUUAAGCCUUAUUUAGUAAGAUAUUUAAUGAUUUUUGCCCAGUCAAAAUCUAAACCAAUGAAUAAUGACCAUUGGCAUUUACAAUGUUUUGAUUACAACUUUACAUGAGAAUCAGUUUAUUUUUCCUUUCUAUAUUUUCUGACCUCUUGAAAAACGACAUUGAUCAUGUCCCAGUAGAAAUAUGUCCGAUUCUCUGUGGGCUUCAGGGAUGUGCUUUAUGUGUGUGAGUAUGAUCCAGCUGCAUCAUAUGGCAUGUCGUCAACACGCUUCGUGCUCGUCCUCAACGCCAUCCUCGCUUCGGUCUUGAUCAUGUAUCUGCCUGCAUGCAAACAUUUGCACUACAUGUUCUCUUCAGGUUAGAAAAUAUACUUCAUUUUGUUUUUCAUUCAUCCCUAUGAGAGAAGCAGAAAUCGAUCAUUGAUUGGGACCAACACACGUGACCAACACUGACGACACCUUACAAUGAGCUAGUCAGAAGGCUGUUAGCUUUGAAAUGAGACUGCGACACUGCGACCAGGCUCAGGAGCUUUUUAGGUUCUUCUUCUUUGUGCUGUUACAUCUACUUUAGACUUGAGUCGGGUUGGACACAAACACUACAGUCAAGGCUAGAUUGUGUUAUGGUACUGAAGAACUAUUUGUUAUCAAAACUGACAAAUCUAAGUUUUUAAGCUGUUUAACUCCAGGUCCACUUUCCACCUGCUCCACCGAGGUGCAGCAUCCAAAGGAGACGUGCUGUGGAUCUACAGUACAUACACUCAGUGGCCAGUUCAUUAGGAACACCCGACUCAGUCUAAUCCAACAGCCCUCCGGUUUCUCUAAGGUGAUGAUGUUCAAGUUGUGUUCAAACUGUUGUUGAUUUACCUGUGUGAGGUUGUGCUGCACUGUGUUAUACUGACAGCUGUUUCUGCUAUUUAUCCUCACCUUAUUGCUGCCUACUGAUUGUAUGUAGACCCAGUGACGCCAACAGGGAGGCGCUGCCUUUAAACCACAAUUUCAAAACUUACAUUUAUUCCCUUUUGGAUCCAUUUUUUUUUUAUUUUUUUGCCCCAAAAAAUAGUGGACCUGUAAAAUUCAAAGCAGAGCUGUAUGAUGUCGCCAAAGGAAAGUGUGUAACUUAGACAUGAGGCUUCCUUAGUUAAUUGUUCUAUUCAUAAUCUAGUGUUGUUCACUUGGUGUGAGUCUCCUCCUCCACCAGCCAUGUUACCAUGACAUUUAGUGCUGAUCAUCCUGGUCCCAUGAGGAUAAAUCCCACUGAGUUUGAGUCACUGGUCUCAGUUUUGUCUAAAGCCUCUCAGAUCAAAAUGUGACUCACCAACUCUGUGGCCCCUGACAAACGACUGCUGGCCAGACCUACCCAUGUUUCACUAGAUACUGAAGCUCCCCAGCGGUGGAGCAGAGCGUUUGUGACAUCACAGUUUCAGCUCCACUACUAAAAGGAAAUGUCGGAAUGUGACACUGUUGCCUCUCCUCAUUCAUUAAUUCUAUUUCAGUUGAAAUGGUUUUCAUCCACCACAGUGUCCCUUUACUUCCUUACCUGCAUUUGGAUUAAAGGAGACUGAUUCAAGGCCACUGCGACAUCCAGAGACUGUAAGGUAGAACUGGGAGCGCCAGCGUACACGGCGGUGCAUGUGGCGGCUGUUUGGUGAGGGGUGAGUGCGAACUGUGUCAUGACGAACGCUGCUCCCUCCCCGCGCCGCCUCCAUUGACUUGUUGUUGAUUGUGGUAAAUGCUAGUGCCUUUGCCGUAUUGUGAAACUGGUUAUUGAUUGUAAUGUUGUACUGACAGGGCCUGGGGACAGUCAGGCACUCUAUUUAUUAUUGUUGACUCAAAUCAAUCAUAUUUUUCUAUGUAAGUGCUUUAAAUAAAUUUGCCCUUUUUUAUCA